ACAAUAAACCGAUCAUCACGCAGAUGUUCAUUUAAAUUUUGCAUCAGUUGCAAAUAAGAUUGUAAUCUGUAAAUUCCAUAAAAAUAGUAAAUAUUUUCUUUAAAAAAAUAGUAAAUAUUUUCUUUAAAAAAAAGUGAAAAAAGAUUGUGAUUUUGGAUAAAACUGAGCGAGCUGUGAUAUAAAAGAAAUAUUAAUAAGGAUAAGUUUAAAAAAAAACUUCUAAAAUAUGGUUUAGAAAUAAAUUCCUAAAAAUAGAAAAAAAAUGAUUCUUAAAAGCCUCGUGAUAAUACUUCUUCUGCAAUUCGUUUCUGUUGAGGGUCAAACAUCAUUUCUUGAUUAUGGCAAUUUUCUUCAAAUGUUUCGAAUGACAAAAAUAUGGUUUUUAAUACAUUUGGACGAACUGGAGUUGAAGAAGUCUACUUGAAGAGGAAUUUAAAAAGAAAUAGACGACAGCAACAAUUUGCAGAGAAUGAAGAUUUUUUCUGUGAUCUCAAUGGACCUGGAAAGCGCAGUGAAACUAUUCCAGACUCCAUUCAUCAACUUCGCCCAGGGGAUAUUGAUAUAAUUGGUGCAAUGGGUGAUUCCCUAACUGCCGGAAAUGGUGGGAUGGCAACGAAUAUUUUGCAUAUUGCGAUAGAAAAUCGUGGUAUAACAUCACCAAUUGGUGGACAAGGCACUUGGCGGCAAUUCCUCACCAUCCCCAACAUACUUAAAUUGUAUAAUCCAAAAUUAUAUGGUUAUUCACUCACCGACUCGCACAGCAUUCAAAACGAAUCAAGAUUCAAUGUUGCUGAAAUGGGAGCGAUGUCAAGGGAUACACCAUAUCAAGCCCACAAACUGAUCCAGCGAAUGGAAUCCAACCCCAAUGUUAACAUUAAGAAACAUUGGAAGAUGGUUUUUUAUCUAUUUGGUGCCAAUGAUUUUUGCAUGGAUAUGUGUUACGUUGAAGAUCCUAUGAAGAUUGUUGAAAAACACGAGAAAGAACUCAUUGAAACUUUGAGAAUUCUUCGGGACAAUCUUCCUCGUACAAUGGUUAAUGUUAUUGCAAGUCCAUCAAUGAAAGUUCUCAUAAAACUGCGUGGGCGACCAGCUGAAUGCGUAGCAGCUCACCAUAUCGAAUGCCCAUGUUUCUUUUCUUCAGCACGGAGGCGCUUUCAAAAGCUCUAUUUGCGCACUAUAGAAGCUUGGAAAGAUGUGCAGCGAAAAGUAAUAAAUCGAGAAGAGUUUCACAAUAAAACAGACUUCACUGUGAAUCUUCAACCCUUUACGGAUGAGCUAACAAUACCCCAGGAUAAAUACGGCAACACAGACUUUUCCUACAUGUCUACAGAUUGCUUCCACUUCAGCCAGAAGGGAUAUGCAAGAGCUACAAACGCCCUGUGGAAUAAUCUUUUGGAACCAUUUAACAAUAAGACGCGAAUGUGGAAGAAGGAGUUUGAGGAGUUCAAGUGCCCAACAGAAGAACAACCUUUUAUAGCCACAAAGAUGAACAGUUAACCUUAAAUGUUGGAGGGCAAACUUAAAUUAUCGUGCAAAAUUCAAUUAAUUUAGCAUCAAGUUUUUCACAGGUUUUUACCUUUUCUCUGCAACCGCAUAGCCAUGAGAUGAUCAAUGAUCCGAUGAAUUUUUUCAUUGAGGAAUAUGCUCUUGAUGUUGAUAAUUAAACUCUCGAAAUACUGUACAAUAAAAUUAUCUAACAAGCUAUGAAAAUUUUUCGGCAAGAUUUAUGACUUACAAGUAUCCUUCAAUUAGUAGUUUUAUUACCGAAUAAAGGGUAAAUGCGGAAGU